UCGUCAGCAGCGAGCGCGGGUUUCCGGAGGGAGCUUGGAUUCCGAGGUGAAAGGCCGGCGGGUUGCGAAGCUGGCUUCCGGAGAGUCCUCUAGUGGCUCGCCUUAGUGGCGUGGGGCGGCGGGAGCGAUGAGGCAGAAGCACUACCUUGAGGCUGCGGCGCGGCAACUACACGAUAGCUGCCCGGGCCAGGCCCGUUAUCUCCUCUGGGCCUACAGUUCGUCACACGAUGCUAACAUCACUUUUGAAGGAACAUGUCCGUACUGUUUCCAGUUGCUGGUUUUGGAUAACUCUCGAGUGCGCCUCAAACCCAAGUCCAGACUGACACCCAAAAUACAGAAACUUCUUAACCGGGAGGCAAGAAAUUAUACACUCAGUUUUAAAGAAGCAAAAAUUUUGAAAAAAUACAAAGACUCUAAAAGUGUAUUGUUGACUACGUGUAAAACAUGCAACCGAACAGUUAAACAUCAUGGUAAAAGUAGAAGCUUUCUCUCAGCACUGAAGAGCAGUCCUACCACUCCUACGAGUAAGCUCAGCCUGAAGACACCAGAGAGAAAGACUCCAAGUUCUGCAAACCUCAAUCAUACGUGUGGUUCCAAGGGCAAGAGUCCAGCCUUGAUAUUCAGGACACCUAUAUCUGGACAGUCAACACCCACUUGCUCCUCAAAAAAUGUGAGCAAAACAAAGAAACAUUUCUCUCAACUAAAAAUGUUGCUUAGUCAGAGUGAAUCCCAAAAGAAUUCAAAGUUGGACUUCAGAAAUUUCUUACUGUCUUUGUAAAGGAUGGGCUGUGAAAAUAAAUGUUUAAUGCAAUUUCUGAAAUUAAAGUUAGUCAGAAAAACA